GACGUCACUUGGUCGUCCCAAACACGGAAACGCGUAUUUGACCGUUGCGUUGCGCUUUCAGACAACUCGAAAACGAUGGCGCUAUCUUAAAACGGUGACAUGUCCACCUCUUUGACGCGACACGGAGGGUUUGAAAUGACGUUACGUGUGGCCCCCCCGCACUGGGAUUUCAAGGGGCAAUUCGACCUUUGGUUUUGAGUUCAGUUCGCAGCCUCGAGGAGAAGGUGGGUGUCAUGGGAGCUUUGGAGCGCCUGCUGUUGUGCCUACUUCUGCUUCUCUCGUGGGAAGUCAAAAUAUCGCAGUUGGCGGGGGGCAAGGCGGUCUCCCUCCCAGAAUCCCUUCUGUUUGUCUCCACGCUGGACGGAAGUCUGCAUGCUGUCUCCAAACAGACGGGAGACAUCAAGUGGACCCUAAGAGAAGAUCCUGUUAUACAAGUGGCCAUCAACAUCACAGAGCCAAGUUUUCUCCCGGACCCCAACGACGGCAGCUUAUAUAUAUUCGGUGGCAAGCACAAAGAAGGCCUGAUGAAACUUCCGUUCACCAUUCCAGAGCUGGUUCAGUCGGCUCCGUGCAGGAGCUCUGAUGGCAUCCUCUAUACAGGCAAAAAGCAGGAUGUGUGGUUUGUAAUGGAUCCUGAAACAGGAGCAAAGCAAACUAGUCUAACCACAUCCUCGUCUGAUUCCAUGUGUGCCAACACUCCCCUGCUCUACCUCGGACGCACAGAGUACAUGGUCACCAUGUUUGAUACCAAGAAGCAGGAACUGCGAUGGAACGCCACGUACAACGACUACUCCGCUCUGCCUUACGAUGAGAAACUCGACUACCGGAUGGCUCAUCUCGUGUCCAGUGGCGACGGCCUUGUGGUUACCGUUGACAGGGAGUCAGGUGAUGUGCUCUGGAGUCAGGACUACGGUUCGCCCGUGGUGGGGGUCUACCUGUACUCGGGUGACUCGCUCAGACACGCCCCCCACCUGUCGCUCGCCGUUGAGACGUUGCGCUUCCUCACCUUCUCCUCCCCCGUCGCCGGCAAGCAGACGGAUGCCCACUCCACCCUGAAGUGGAGCUAUCAGUUUGUGAAGGAGCAAGCUAGCACACAAACCCAACUUGUGUCCACUCUCUAUGUUGGGAAACUGGACUCGCACCUCUAUGCCUCCUCUUCCCUCGUUCACCACGGAUUCUCCUUAGUGCAUCGAGGUCUGACCCUGGGCCGGAUUGAAGGUCCCGAGACGGCCGGCGUGACGGUCAGCGGGCAAGGGGAGUGUGAGAUCAUGCCGUCCACUGAUGUGCGCUAUCCUCCUGGCAGCACCAGCAGCCGCAAAAACAACUGGCUGUUAAUAGGCCACCACGAGGUCCCGCCAGUAGCGCACACCACCAUGUUAAGGGAAUCCCGGCUCAGCCUGCCGCGCUCCGAUGAAACCAUCAUCCCUCCUCGAUCCCCCACCUCUCCAUCCUCGCGCACCUCCUGCUACAACCAGUAUCCCUUCUGGCCAGUUGUCCAGAGCGAUGGCAAAGACGGCCGAGGAGCCGGCGACAGGAGAGGAUCGGGAGGUUCCCAGAGGUCGGUCGCUGUGCAUACCGUCUACAUGACGCAGGACUGCCUGGCUCUGGCUGUGCUCACCGUCCUGCUGGGAGGAUGGUUGGCGUUGGCCUUCACAUAUACCCGAGCAGCCAAGAAACUCAAAGCUCUGCAGCAGCAACUGGAGGAGGCGUUUGAAAUUUGCGUCCAGCGCACACAGACCAACACGCCGAUGCCGACCCUUGAAUCCUCUGAACCUGCCCUUUUUACCAACACCAACGUCUCAAGUGACUCCCAGCAUGCAGCAGGAGACACUCUUUUAACUCCUUUACUUGACAACAGCGCAGCCUCAAGUGUGGAUGCUAAUGACACGGCGGGGCUUCAUACCGCCACAGCAGAAAACAGCGAGGAGGUGCACUUGGGUAAGAUCUCCUUCACCACAUCCGAAGCCCUUGGGCGCGGCAGCUCGGGAACAUUCGUCUUCAGGGGCAACUUUGACGGACGGCGUGCCGCGGUGAAGCGAAUCCUCCCCGAGUGUUUGGAGGUGGCAGAGCGUGAAGUGCAGCUCCUGCGAGAGUCCGACACGCAUCCCAACGUCAUCAGGUAUUUCUGCACGGAAAGGGAUAACCUCUUCACGUACAUCGCCAUCGAGCUGUGCGCCGCCACCCUGCAGCAGUAUGUGGAGGAUCCCUCAAAUUUUCCUGACUUGAAUCCAAUUACGUUGUUGGAGCAGACUAUGUGUGGCCUCUCACACCUCCACUCGCUCAAUAUAGUCCAUCGGGACCUGAAACCUCGAAAUAUCCUGCUCUCCUUUCCCUGCGCACUGGGGAAGGUCCGAGCUCUCAUUUCCGACUUUGGUCUGUGCAAAAAGAUCCAGGAUGGUCGGAACAGCUUCUCGUUACGCUCGGGCAUACUGGGCACCGAAGGCUGGAUCGCUCCCGAGAUGCUGCAGAACGUUCCUGCCAGCAAACCGACCGCUGCUGUGGACAUCUUCUCAGCCGGCUGCGUGUUCUACUACGUGGUCAGCAGGGGUAAACACCCGUUUGGCGAGACUCUGAUGCGGCAAAUGAACAUCCUGUCUGGCGAAUAUUCACUCUCGCAAUUCAUGGAUACUAUACAUGAAGACGUUGUGGCUGAGGAUCUGAUAAAGCAGAUGAUCAGCGCGGACCCGGAGUCUCGUCCCUCGUCCGCCCGCGUGCUCAAGCAUCCGUUCUUCUGGAGCCCCGAGAAGCAGCUGCUCUUCUUCCAAGAUGUGAGCGACCGCAUUGAGAACGAACCAGCCGAUAGUGAGAUUGUGAUGAACCUUGAGAGUGAGCACCGAGGGGUGGUCCGGACCAACUGGAGGCUGCACAUCUCUACCCCGCUGCAGAUGGACCUGAGGCGUUUCAGGACGUACAAAGGCAGCUCAGUGCGAGAACUGCUGAGGGCCAUGAGGAAUAAGAAGGCUCACUACCACCAGCUGCCACCCGAAGUGCAGCACAGCCUGGGCGAGCUGCCCGACGGCUUCGUGGGCUACUUCACCGUCCGCUUCCCCAAGUUACUGAUGCACACGCACAAUGCGCUGCAGGGCUAUGCCCACGAGAAACUGUUUCACCCCUACUACAUGCCCCCUGGCGCCAAGUAGCAGCUACACUUAUCUCACUCGUCCUCGUUAUUGCUUUUGUAAAGCUCUCACAAUUUUUAGAUACACCUGAAGAUACCUUGGCUUGGUUUAUGUACAAUUUUUAGAUACACCUGAAGAUACCUUGGCUUGGUUUAUGUAUUUAUUUUUUUAACGGCCAUGAGAGAGGACGUUCACAAGCGCUCGAGUUACAUCUUGAAAGGAAUAGAUUACUUUGUGGUUUUAAAGAGAGUCCCAUUUGUAUUAAUAGCACUUGUUGCAGCAACCGGCCGAUAAUGUCUUUCGAGAAAGAAAAAAAGAUCAUGUACUCCUGAAGGUAGCAACACUGACUGACAAAACAUAUGUCUCCAUUGAUAACCACUUUGCUCCACAUGAUACCUGUCGUUUUUACUCUGAAACCUAAUGAUGUUUACUCCCCCUUUUUUUUAAAUCUCAAAGUUGUUUUUUGCAUGAACUCGCACUUCUUACUGCACACUAACGAUUUGCUCUGCUGUAGAACCAAAGUCGAGGGAUUUCCUCAUUUUCUAAAUUAAAUUUCUACUUUGACUGUUUCCAAGAAUGAAUGGCAUUGAUGUCUUUUUUUCUUUUGAAAAAUAAGAUCCCAUAUUUUAUUU